UACUCUCUUUAAUUAGGGUUUUGUGGUUGAAAAAGGGGAGAAUUUUUGGAACUCCAAUUCACCCCCCUCUUGGAGUACAUUGAGCAACAAUUGGUAUCAAAGCAAGGGCUCUAAUUUGAAGGUUUAACCACCUAGGAGUUGAUUGGGAAUGGCUCAAUUUCUAUCUUCUCAACCACUUGAAGGUUUGUCUACCACUAAGCCUCCUCUCUUUGAUGGUACUAAUUAUAAUUAUUGGAAGAAUAGGAUGAAGGUCUUCAUGCUUGCAAAUGUGCCCAAGGCAUGGGUUGUGACUAUGAAAGGUCCAUAUGUACCCAUGAAAAUUGUUGGAGAAAGGGAGGUGCCAAAGGAAGAGAUAGAUUGGAAUGAUGAAGACUUGGAGAAGAUCAUGAUCAACAACAAAGCAAUCAACAUGCUUCAAUGUGCUCUCAAUCCAAUGGAAUUCCAUAGAGUUUCCGGGUGUGAUACGGCUAAGGAGAUGUGGGACAUGCUAAAAGUCACUCAUGAAGGAACAAGCCAAAGUUGGGAUGCCAAGAAGAUGGCAAUUGAAGAAUUUAAGGAUCUCAACACUCUCAGGCUUGAAGAUCUCAUUGGUAAAUUGAUGACAUAUGAGAUAGAAGUGCAAGGUGAUGGUGGAGUUGAAGUAGUUGAGAAGAAGAAGAAGAAUGUUGCUUUCAAGGCUAGCAACCAAAAGAAAGAGAGUGAAGAUGAUGCUAGUAAUGAUGAGUCUAGCAAUGAGGAGGACAUCACCAAAUUGAUUUCAAAGGAAGUGAAGAGAUUCAUGAAGAAGAACAUCAAGAGCAAGCUUGCAAGAAGAGAUAAAGGAGAAUCCACCAAAAAGAGUGUGAAAUGCUAUGAGUGCAACAAGAUGGGGCACUAUAGAAAUGAAUGCCCCAAAUUGAAGAAAGGUGAGAAGAAAGACAAGAAGAAGAAGAAAGCAUUUGUCGCCACUUGGAGCGAUGAUGAAACUAGCUCAACAGAAAGUGAAAGCUCCUUGGAGAAAGGUUUUGCAAAUCUUUGCUUCAUGGCUCAAGAGGAUGACAACAAUGAUGAGGUAAACUCUAACUUUUCUAGUUCAAUUAAUGAAAGUUCCUUUGAGUAUUCUUAUGAUGAUUUAUGCAAAGUUCUUGAUUGCUCUAUAAAUGACAUUAAGAAACUAGGAAAUGAUAAUAUUGCUCUUACUAAAACCAUUUCAUUGCUUAGGACUGAGAUUGAAUCUCUCUCAAAACAAAAUGAGGUUUUAGUUAAAGAGAAUGCCUCUUUAAAUGGUGAGAUUGCUUCUUUAAAGAAUGAGGAGUCUAAUAAUGCUUUGAAAAAGGAAAAUGGGGAUUUAAAGAAAGGAAAUGAAGAUUUAAAGAAGGAAAAUGAGGUUUUAAAGAGAAAAGCUUGUGAUCUUGAAAAUGUGAUUUCCAAAUUUACCUUAACUGGUAUUUUUGUUGGGAUUUCUCUCUCAUGGCUUCAAGAAGGGCUGGGAGUAAAAGGAAACAAGUGGGUAGUUCUAGCACCGGUGGUCAAGCUCAAGAAGAAGAAGUUUUCUCCAAAGGAUAUUUGUGCUGUAUUAAAUAUACCUGAAGAAGGAGAUGAUGAGUUUCUAGAUGUGAAUCAUGCCUUAGUUAGAGCCACAAUUGCCCCCAAUUACACUGAAAAUCAAAUUAAAGUGGGGUUUCUUACACCAGAGAAUAGAGCAUUGCAGUGGAUUAUAUCUCGCAUUAUUGCUCAGAGGAAGGGUUCUAAAUCUUAUGUUCUUGCCAGUGAUCUUCCCUGGUUCGAUUAUCUUCUUAACGGAAAAAGGGUGAACCUAGGAAGAUACAUUUUCCGGAGCAUAAUCAAGCCUUACUCACCAACUACGGGACUUCCUCAUGGUGCUCUAAUUACUAGAUUGGCGAAGAGGAACAACAUUGAUCUUACAUCCUUUAGGUUCGGAACGGUUCUUGGUGGGACUACACUUACCAAAGCUUCUUUUGAGAAAAUGGACUGUUUGUUUAGAAAUGGAAUUUGGAUAAAGAAAGGGGAACGAGAAGGGGAUGAAGAAGAAGGUGAUACAGAUCAAGAAAUGGCAGAACAAGGGGCAGAAGAACAUGAAGAUGAUAGCCCAAGACCAUUUCGAGCCUCCAUGCAAAGAAUUAACCGUGAAACCAUGGAGUUAAUGAUAUCUGAGAUGCAGCAGCUGCACAUCGACUGCUAUGGUUUCCGGACAGAAAUGAGAGGGAGAAUGACUAACGUGGAAGGAAAGCUUGAUCGGCUUGUUAACCAUUUUUUUCCUCCACCCCCACCUGAUGCCACCUAACUUGAUAUUUCUUUAGUUUGGCUAAUCUUUAGGAUGGACAUCUUAGGGUUAUGCAUUUUAUGUUUUAUUUGACUAUGGAUAUGUCUUGAACCUUUUUAUCUUGUUUUAUGAAUGGAAAUGGCAUCACUUGUGUUAUCAUGUUUUGUGAAUGGUUGUUUAUGAUUUUGAUGAUAAUAUGCUCUUAUUGAGGGGGAGUUUAUUAAUUGA